UCAUUCAUAUACAGCCUUGGUUAUGUGACAUUGUGAUGAGCAGUAUGUUCAAUAUUAUUAGGAAAAGAAAAAUUAAAAAUGUUUUCUUCUGAUGUUGUGGCAUUCGAAGCACAAAGUGCACCACUAUGGGAAAAUGUAAACAAGGGAGAUGAAGAAUUUCAAUCAAGAAAACGGGAAUCUGUUAAUCAGAAACAAUCACAGAAGAGAAGAAAUGGUUCUCCAUCUCACUAUAUGCAAUGGGACACCAAAAGACCGAAGAUUAUGUUGCAGUUCACCGAAUGUAAAUUGUGUGAACUCAAGUUUAAAUCAGAAUUGGAACUAGAAGAACAUUUAUUUUCGAUUCUCCAUCAUAGAGCUUUGAAUACAGAGAAGGGAGAGUGCAAGCAUGAAUGUAAUCUGUGUGGAGUCACUUGCAAAAAUCUUACUGAUUAUGUCGCUCAUCUGACUAGUGAUUCUCAUAAAGAAAAAACAAAUGAAAGAAAAGACGCAAUCGAUAGUGGACAUUAUUCACAUCCGAAGAAUAAUUUGCGAAAAUAUACCUCAACGUUCAUGUGUUUACCUAGGAAAGCGAAACAAAUGCAAUUAUCAGAAGAAAUGAAGAAAAAUCCAAAACCAACAGUAUCUCCAAGAGAUCCCAGACCUCAGUUCAAGAAUUAUGAAAGAGAAGAAUUUCAUUUUAAUCAAAGACCAAAUAACGAGCAUCACAAUUUCGGGAGAGAUCAGAGGCCCAGGCCCCCAUAUCAUUGGCAAGACAAUGAUUAUCGCUACGGGCGCCAAUACCAUCCUAACAAUUUCCCACAGUGGCAUUCCAUGGGUCGUUAUGGGGGGUGUGACCGUCGACCUUACCCCAAUGUUCCGGAUUAUGAUCAUCGUAAUUACGACGAUUCAAAUCCUUACAAUCAUGGAUGGAUAGAUAGAUUACCAAGGAACAUGAAUUCAUGGCAAAGACAAGAAUUUGAUAAAAAUACGAGAAAUAUUCAACGGCUGAAUAAAAGUAUCGAGUCUCUUCCUAAGAGCAGUGCACAUUACAGGAGUCCGAGAAAUAACAACGAUCAUCAUUCACCAUCAUUAACGAGUGAUCAAGCGAGAACAAAACAACUGGUCGCUCGGGCUCAUCAAGUCAUUCAAAAUGGAAAAUCUUCGUCACAACCGGCACCGAAAAAAUUAAAUAUUUCAUCUUCAAACAAGAAGCAAUCAGAAAAACAACAAAAUAAAACGCAAACCAACAAUCAAACUUUAAACAGGAGUAAUUCUUCUACAAGUUCAUGCAAAAGUAAAACCUCUUCAACCUCAACUGAAAAGAAAAAUAAAGUGAAGAAAAUGAAACGAGUUGGGAGUCUCGAUCCGGAUUUAUCGAAAGUGAACGAUAAAAAAUUGUCUGUAAAUUUACAAAAACUUAAAAAAUGGCAAUGUCGAAAACGAGCUGUUUCUCUUGAUAAAAUUGUCAAUUCUGAAAUGAUCAAUAAAUUCCGAGACCAAAUUGAUACGCAAGCUUUAAACGUUGGAAAAAAUGGAAUUAAAACAAACGAAAAGGCAAAUAAUGAAAAAGGAUCAAAAAAUAACAUUGUUUCUAAAAACGACAGCUCAAAUAAGAAUGACAAAAAUGUAACGAAUCAACCUGGAACCUCGGAGAAUAUCCGAGCUGAAUUUAGGAAAAUUCUUGAUGAAAUUGAUCAGCCAGUUGCUUCAGCAUCGGAAAUUAUACAGAAUGCUGAAAAAUUGGACAAUGGAAAUAGGAAAGUUGAUGAUUGCUAUUACUUUUCAGACACACCAACACCCUCAAGCAUCGAUCUUCCCGAGCUACAAACUACUCAAAAUGACACUCUCUAUUCGAGUGUAUAUACCCAAGGUACCGAGAGAUUUACUCCAGAUACCACUCAAUAUACCUCACUACCUGAACCUAAAGAUAAUUCUGAUCUAAACUUUGUAAGAGUGAGUGCAGAUUUGACAUCAGAAAAGUCCUCAAAUCUGACACCAAAUUCUGACACUCCUGUACGGGAUGUCAUUCAAGUUGCAAGUGAUGUUGAUACUCCUAACACAAAGAAUAGGAUCCAUCCCCAGCCGAAUAUUAAUAAAGCUAGGAGCAGAUUAUGUUCAAAACAGAAAGAAAGUCCCGAUAUUCCGCCUGAAGGACGACAAGCAAAAUUAAAAAAACUUUUACAAAAGUAUGAUCGAACGAAAAAGAAUUCGCCAGACGUUGGCAACAGUGCUGGGAAAAAGAUUGCUGGUCCCAGGUUUGGUAUCAAUUUACAUUUGCGAAGCGAAAGCACAGAAAAUUCAGAGAUGGAAUCCAUAGCAAAGGCAAUAGAAUUGGUGGAAUUAUUUCCAGAGAAACGAACUCGAUCUCUAUCAGAAAACGACAGCACAUUAUCAUUUGCAACUGCUGGCACAAAUUCCGCAACUAAUAUUAUUUCUGACAAAAAUGUCCAGAGACAAAAUUUAACACCUAAUGGAAAAAGUUCUCAAACCAUACAACAACAACAACAACAGCCUAAUAAUGCUUCAAUUUGCCAAACUGGUGCUUCAACUUCAGUAUUUCCUGAUCCAAUGUCACAGUCUUUCAAUUCGAAACUUUUAUCAAUGUCAGAGCGGGAAGAGACAUUACAUGCUUCUGUCAGAUCACUUGCGGUACAAGAGGCAAAUGUACAGUCAGAAAUUGAAAGAAAAGUAGAGGCCUUGAGGCUUUUUUAUGCUGAAGUCGAGAAGCUCAAGGAACGCAAAAUGUGCAUUGAUGCUUUGAAACGGAAGAACGAACAAGAGUUAGAAUCGUUAAGGCAAGAAAGACUUAUGUUAUUAAGAGGCACUGUGAAUGGUAAUGCUUCCCAAGAAAAUUCUACAACUGAAGGUUCCAUAUUUCAAGAAGUUAUUCCCAAUUGUCGACGAUCUUCGUUCAAUGGGUCGAGUUUUACCCACAGUACCCCGAUCCCUGACAUGCAAAACUCUUCUGCUGAAAUUUCAUCAUUUGCCACAAAUGUGAAUUCUGGACAUGUGAAUAAUGCAACUGCACAAUUGAUCUCUGGUAGAGCCGCGUUUCAACCACCAGAUUCUGGUCCGUUUUUACCAAUACAUCAGGAUCAAAUUCGACCAACAAUCACAUCACCUCCUAAACACACCGCUUUUGAUAUAAGAAAUGUUAAAAGCGAGCCAACACAAAAAGAUUUACCAUUCGUUCAAGUGCCCUUCCCGAGAUCAAAAGGUCAAGGAAAUGAACAAGGAAAUGAACACACAGAAAUAAAUAUAAAGCAAGAAACAGAUAAUCAACAAUCAUCGAAUAGUUUCAAUCAAUCUAAAAGUUUAUCGUUAGAGUCCUCGUUGCGCUGCGAUGGUAAUCGAGAGCUCUCACGAGAAGCAGACUCUACUCAAUUUUACUCCAUUUGUAAUGAUACACUCAACAAUACGACUCUCUCUGCUACGAGCGCAGAAGUUGAUAGAAUUUUGUCGAAAUAUACGAGACAAAAAACUGAUUCUAACAGUUCUGACCAAAAUUUAAAUUCUCCACAAAAACAAAAUUCACGAAUGAAGAAUAAGAGGAAAAAAUUACAACCGAGAAUUGGUAUGCGACGAAGUCCGCGUAAUUUAUCAAAAUCUUCUCCACAACAACAGACUUCAUCUAAUGAAAUGAAUGGAAAUGAACAACCACAAAAAAUUUCUGAAGAUAUUAUCACGAUUACGAAUGAUGUUAUUCCCAAAACAAUGAAGGCUCAUAAUUUACCAUUGGUUGGAAUGCAUCUUGUAGAUGAAGGCUUAGUUACCUGUUCAUUAGAUGAAACAGUGACUUUGCAUCGUACUGGAGGAAGAAAAAUUUCUGAAAAACUUGGUGCUACUCCUACAGCCAUGACAGCCAAUUCAGAUGAUAGAAGCGUUGUAAUUUUUGUCGCUACUCAAAAAAUGAUUUCUACAAAGAAUAAUAAUGAUGAUUCCCAAGUUAUAAACAAAAUGGAACAUCAUCUCAGUAUUUAUACAACAACUGUCCCUCAGAAACAUUCCUUCAACAAGGAAUCAUUGUACAUUUUAAUGCAUCGAAUACCAAUCAAGACAAGAGUUUUAUGUUUGCAUUAUGAUAAAAAUUAUUUAUUUUGUGGAAUGAGAGAUGGAAUGACAGCAAUUGUGUCAUUAAAUAUGAAUUAUAAGCCAGAUGACGAUGUCAAUGUGCUUGAGUGUCACUCAUGUAGUGCUAUUACUUGUCUAACAACUGGUAGAGAAGGUCCUCGUCGUAUUUUAUGUUCUGGAUCAACGGACUGCACUGUGUCUGUUCGUGAUGCAACUGACGGACUCUUACUCCGAACUAUCCAAGGACAUAUGAAAACUGUGACUUGUUUACAGUUGGUCCACAAUGAGUUAUUCAGUGCAAGUGUCGACAGGAAGGUUCUCGGCCACGAUUUGAUAACUGGAAAUUUGCUUCAUAGGUUCUCAGGACAUGUUGGUGUUGUACGUUCACUGUCAGUAUUUUCUGGAAAAUUAGUGACACUGUGUUCGGAUCGGAAUAUAAGAUUUUUUGAUAUUAAGACCAGUCGCUUGCUACAGACACCAACAAGUAUUCCUUCACUCCCACUUUUUUCAUGUCUACAAAUCAAUAAAGAUUUGACAUCUUCUGAUAAAUGCUCAGUUAUUAUCGGUUGUGAGGAUAGUACAGUGAUCCGCCUACCUUUUCCGACCAAUGGGAUGCCUUCAAUAGAUCUUUCUGCCGAAAGUCCUAUCAGGAAAUCUCCUGUUAAAAAUACAGUUAAUUUAACUGGUGAUUAUGACUGUCGGUGGGCUGGGUGCGUAGGUGCUGGUACAUUUUCAGACAUUGGUUCUCUUCAGAAGCAUGUGUUCAGCGUACAUGUCAAUCCACACGAUCUAACAGAAUAUGCAUUAGAUAGAUCAACAGCUACUCUAUCAUUUGGAACAUGUUGUCAAUGGGAGAGUUGUACUCAUUAUUUUGCUCCAGAACUGGAUACUAUGACUGAUGUCCACUCACAUGUACAACGGCAUUUUAACAAGAAAGGUAACCGGACUACCACAGAUAAAUCCAGCAAAAUGGUUUUAUCUGAUCUUGAAGCAGGUGAAUCGGUCUUGUGAUUGUCAACAAGGUCUGGAAGCUUGCAUUAUGGAACAGGGUUUUAAUAUUCAUCCCGGAGGAGAUAAAAACUGAUGUUUGAUUCGGAUACAUUGACUUGGUGGAAAAAGCUGUUAUCGACCACCUCGCGUCAGUGGCGAGUCUAGCAAUUCUCUCACACUUUAUUAUACCUGCACCGGGUUUGAACAUGCGCAUAUGAGCAGUUGCGAUUUCAUUCAAGAUCGUCCUGGUAAUUUUGAAAAUAUUAAAAAGAAUUUCUUCAAUUAUGCAAGAUCCCACUGUCUUAUACACAUUCAAGCUGUAGUAGUCAUAAAGUAAUACCCGUGAAAAUAUGUUUUCGAGGAUGAUAUAAAAAUUUAAAUAUUAAGAUUGCUUUGCAUUUUUUUUUUAAAUUGCUGCUGUCCUUUAACUAUUUUCACAAACAUCUAACAAAGUAUGUGUAUUCCCGUUAAUCUUGAGUCAUUACACAUGAAUUGGUGUGCCAUAUUUCUAAUUCUUUUUUUUUUACUCUUAUUCAUUUGAUUUGUUACUGCUUAGCAGAGCUGGGAAGGCUUGAAUAAACGACUUAACACAGGUCAUCUAAAUGGAAUUACUUAGACAUGUUAUCUCCUAACCGCCAGUUAGACUUGACUCAACUCGAGACUUGUAUAACUUUUGACUAGGUGUUUAGGACUGACAAGGGCAAACUACAGCCCACAGGCCAAAUACAUCCCGUUGGAUAUUUCAAUCUGGCUCGCCUGAUGCUGCCACAACCAAAUUUUGAUGUUUUAGCUAGAAAAUAGCUCAAGGAAUUUGUUAAAAUUGCGAUUAAAUUUAGUUUUGGCACGAGGCCUAUUGUUUUCCCUUUUUGCUUUUAUAACACUGUAAAUUUUGUUCAUAACAUAUAACACUUUACGUCACAUUUGAUUGGCCCGGCAGUCUAGUUGAGCAAAGUUUUUGGCCCCCAGUCUGAACACCUUGCCUACCUCAGGUUUAGGUACUUCUACCCAACACUCUUGCUUACAAUGGAGAUUUUGUUGAGAAAGAUAGGACUGAAAGUCUGAAACUGUACAUUUUUGUCGAAUAAAUUAUUAAAUUCUCUUCUUUUACACCUAUUAUGAAAGAAUAUUCACGACCUUUUGUUUGAAAUGAAAUUUUAAUUGAAACGAUUUGAAAAACCAAAUUCAGAUAAUCAAAUUUCUAUUGUUGAAUUUUCAUGUGCAAUUACAAACUUGGCUAAAUUUAGGAUUUUAAUGCGAAAUAUUUAAAAAUGAAAUUAAGAACGAGAAAUUCACACUUGCCACAGUCACACUCUUACAGCUACCAAUUUCCUUUUAGUGGUACUAACGGCGUCUGUUGAUUUCUACAUUCCAGGGUUUGCAAUGUUUUCUGUUGCGCGAUAGCUAUCAUAUGAUCACGACAGCAAGACUGUCUGUUUGUUCUUUAUACUGAGAAAAAUAUUAGCAAUUUCUCGUGCUUCAAUUGUAUUUUUUCGAACUCCACACUUGAGGGGUUAAUUUUGCUUUUAUGAGUGGGUAAACGGUAGAAAAAAAUAGAUUACCCCAGCACCACAUAUAAUAUUCGUUACAAUAUCUUAUAAAUAUUUUUUACUGUUUUGCUGCUUGUAUUCUUUUCUUCGACCUGUACACUUUUUUAAGUUCAAAUGGUGGUAUUUCAUUAUGUGCAAAGUACUUUC